GUGUUUGUGGUUGUAGAUGGAUUAAUAAUAGUGUUUAACAUUAUUGAGCAAUUAGCGUUGUAAAUUGUCCGUUCCAAGAAUCUCGGUACGUGUAUUUUCGAAACACAUUCGCGUUUAAUCGUGAUACGGGUUGGUAUAUUAAGAGGCCUGUUUGUGCGAGAAUUAUUUAUUAUCGGUUGUUCGUGGAGUAUUUAGCUUCACAAUUAAGAUCGCUUUUAACAGCCUGGAUAGUUUACCAUAGUAUUUGUAUACACGUUAUUGUGCUAUUAAAAUUUACAUUGAACAAGGUCAUUCGACAAAGCCUGUGAGCUAUAUGUUGUUUUGUUCUUGGAUACAUUUUAUGAUUUGACAACAUGAAUUGAUGAACUGCAGUCGGACAAUAUUACUUAGAAGAAAAAUAUUGAAACAUCGGGAAGGAUUUCAUAACUCAAAAUGCCAUCGGAAUCCGAAACAAAGCACUGCAUUACCAGCCUUCUCAUUAUUCUUCAAUUCGUCACCAUGGCGAGCGGUCUUAACUACAGCGUAAUUGACUACGUUGACUCGCCAUUCUCUUGCAAUGAAGCAGUAAACAAUUUUUACAACUGCAGAGAAUUCGGUUUAUCUAAACUGCAAGAAUUCGACACAACUGCCAUUGAAGUAGAUUUUAGCUACAACCAUUUAGAAACAAUUUUCAACACAUCAUUUUCUGGUUUGAGAAAUCUCCGAAUCUUAAAUUUAAAACAGAAUAAUAUCUCCAAGAUAGAACCAUACUCGUUUGCAGAACUUUUCCGUUUACAGAUACUAGAUCUAUCAAACAAUCGUCUUCGGAACAUUACAGAAGAUAUUUUCUCAGGACUGUCGUCUUUGCAUAGUCUAAAUCUCACCAACAACAGAAUUGUAGCCAUUCAUCAUCAAUCGUUUUUCUCCUCUGCUAGUCUUCGGGAGCUGAUGUUAUCCGGUAACGAAUUGCAAUGCCAGUGCGAGGAGCAACAUCUGAAACAACAUAUUGAAUAUAGAAAUGCUAAAAGUGCUCUGAAACUCAAUGUUCAAGGAGCGUUAUGCGUAAAUUAUGACAACAAAGAAAUGUUCAAUAUAACACUGGACGCAUGUACAAAUGGAAGGCAUUGGGGACCCGUUGUACAGUGCUAUAGCUGUGUCAAUUACCCUGAUCGUUUGAACUGUGACACGAUUAGUAUUGCAAGCUGCGGAAAAAAUACGGAUGUAUGUUACUCAUCACUUACGUACAACAACAAUAGUCUUUCCGUCACCAUGGGGUGCAUGGAUUACGUGGCAUGUCUCGGCCUGAUUGCGAAGAACAACAAGAUUUGUGUUGAGGGAGAUACUCAGUGUUACUCGUGCUAUAUUGGAAGUCUUUCCAAUAUGAAGGAUAUGGCGGGCUUUACCAACGAGUUUGUGUUAGAUGUAACAGUGGAGCUAACGAUGAAUAUGACGGCUGAGUUGAAAAACAUUAGUUCAAAGGAGUACUAUGAAUUCACGAAGCACAUUGCCUCCGAUGUAACAACCUUCGUCAAAGAUGAGAAAGUGAGGUUUUGGGUUAAAUUUAAUAAGUUAAGUGAAUCGCAAGAAUUCCUUGGAGGUGAUCCAGUUCACGUUCAACCGCAAGUUACAGUUCACCUGACUAUCCAUUGUACAACCGUUUGGUAUGUAUCAACAACGGAUGUUAGGAAAGCCUUGUCCAAGAAACUUCCAAGCUUGACUCUGAGUGAAACAUCAGUGACGAGCGUUGACAUAAUGACUUUAUCAAAUUUAGAAUAUUGUCCACCGAUUAUUGAGCGAACCACAGGACGAGGUCAGCUAUACUGGCCAUUAACCCAUGCAUCAAAUACGGCCAAUAUUGACUGUCCAUUCCAAUUUAACAAUUCUAGAAGUGCAGCUCUGAGACAAUGCCUAUCAGACAGGACAUGGGGAUCCUCAUUUCAUGUCGAUUGUCCUUUAGAAGUCCAGCAAUCACGUUAUCUGCAAGAAAUGGUUCAAAGAAAUGUAUCAAAUGAAAACGUGGCUGCUGUGUCUUUAGAAUUGUCCACAAUCACUGAUAAUUGGAACACGUUUACGUCUUCAGACAUGCAAAUGGUAGUUGAUACCGUGGAUAAAAUAUUGAACACGGACUUGUCAAUUACCGACGACGUUGUUAUUAAUAACACAGUGGAUACUAUCAACAAUUUGUUGAACAUCGAAGAUGAUGUUCUAGCGAAGGCAGAGAAAUCAUCUCAAUCAUCGGCCAGAAUGAUUUUAGCAAUCGAAAAACUUUUAAGCAGGAUUGACAAGGAUUUUGCCUUAGUUAAAUCUAACUUAGCUGGAUUCGUUUUCACCUCUGGAUCGGGUAUAUUCAAUGGAUUAACGUUAUCAUUAAGUGACGGCUUUAAAGACCUAACAGGGUCCAAGAUCAACGUCGCGCGAUCAGCUAUUGAGAUAGGAGCAGGAAUGUCCGGUAUCGUGCUGCCACCAACACUGCUGAAUAGCAGUGAAAAAGUUACAUUUACGGUCUAUAGUGAUCCGAAACUGUUUACGUCAGUAACCAAGGAAACAACAACAGAUACACCCAUGUACAAUAUUUCCUCCAUUACUUUUACGGGCGUCGAAAGAAAGGUUGCCAGUAAAGUUUUGGCAGCCAGCGUACCGGAUAGACAUAUAACGAAUUUACCGGAACCAGUAAAAGUCAUAUUGAAUCACGAACUAAAUGGAAAACAUGUUUCAUGUGUGUACUGGUCGCUCACGGCAUCAGAAUGGCGCUCAGAUGGAUGUUCUGUCCACACGACAAAUGAGGACUACACGGAAUGUCACUGCGAUCACCUAACAAAUUUUGCACUGCUUAUGGAUGUAUACGACAAAGGUGCGGAACUGAGCGAUUCAAACCAACUGGCACUGAGUAUCAUUUCAAUGGCUGGGUGUGCGCUGUCACUUGUUGGAUCUCUGCUGACAUUUGUUUCCUAUGUAAUAUUCAGACGAAUACGAAAAGACAACCCUUCGAAGAUUCUGAUGCAGCUGUGUGCUGCUAUAGCGGCGGUGAAUCUUGUCUUCCUAGCUGGAGUGCAGAACUACUCGAGGAACAGUAUUAGUGGUUGUAAGACAGUGGCGGUUCUGCUUCACUAUUUCCUUCUCGUCAUAAUGUGUUGGAUGCUUGUGGAGGCGUUCUAUAUGUAUCAGUCGCUCGUGAAAGUCUUCGACUCGUAUAUUUCACGUUUCCAGCUCAAAGCGGCGGUGUUUUCGUGGGGCACGCCUUUGAUUAUAGUAACCAUCACCUUGGCUGUGAACAAAACCGAUAACUACAGUUACCAACCGGGCGGAAUUUGUUGGUUGGAUCGCACCCCCUUCUUAACGACGUUCCUUGCCCCAGUAUGCCUAGUGUUUUUGCUUAAUGCAAUCACAUAUGUACUGGUGAUGAAGCAAAUAUUAAGAAAAAGCUCCAGUAAACUCACACAAACAGAACAAAGUAAGACUGGUGUGCGUCUUCGCGGAGCCGCAAGUUUGCUGGUGCUCCUUGGACUUACAUGGUCCUUUGCAAUUCUUGCAAUUGGUGAUGCUGGAAUAGCAUUUAUGUACCUGUUCGUUAUUUGCAACUCACUACAGGGGUUCUUCGUCUUUGUGUUUUAUUGCCUGCUCAGAGAGGAUAUCCGCAAAGCUUGGAAGAGCGUUUUGCCGUGUUUCAAGUCGCAUUACAUUGCUGCGUCAGACUCAAGCGGCAUGAACAUGGUGCAUACCAUAACUUCCAAGGUAGCCUCGUCGACCCAAAGCGAUAAUCAACGAAAAAACCAGACACACUGAUUAUUCGGGAGGAAUGGAUUGCUGUGCGUGUAGUCUUAACACGACCCUUCAAUGCUAAGAAAAUAGCAGUUUAUAAAUGGACGAAUCCAUUAUAAAAUCAGUGUUUACGUAGUGUAUACUAACGCGUGUCGUCAACCAGUGUCAGAUAUGAAGUUCUUUUGAGUUUGAAAUAUACCGGUUACUUAUAACAAUGAAUACGUCGGUAUCAUGCUUUCUGCUUUUUAAUUGACAAGAAAACAAACCCAAUAAGAAGGCAUUGUGUAGAAUAAAAAACUUUACUUGAAAAACCAAUACGGUUUUCUCUUUUGAUAAAUUACUUACUAGCAGCUCUAUAACGUAUGUAAAAGUUGCACAUGUAUUAUCUCAGAUGUCAGAGUCGCCGUAUGAGACGUGUAAGUAAGCUUUUCAGGGAUAGUGUAGAGAACUCCAGAGAAGACCUUACCUUUUUAAGUGCACGGCACACAUUUCGGUGACAAAUGCAAUACAUGUUAUUAAUUAUUUUAUCACUUGCCAUACCCUGUUUUACCAUGUAAUAUAACCAUUACAUAUAUUUUAUCUUACACAUGCAGCACACAGUAUGUCAAAUGAAAUAAUUAUUUGC